UUGUCUCUUCCCCGUGCUCGCGGUUUGAUCGUCUUUUAUACGGAGCGGUGCCGAGUCUCUGUCACAAAAUGAUGCGGUAUUGGGGGGAGAUCCCAGUGGCCUCGGGACAGGCCAGCAGAAGCUCCUUCGACCUCCUGCAAAGGGAAUUCCGCACGGUGGAGAUGCAGGAGCCCCCCUUACACCAGCCAUCCGCCAACAAGCCGAGGCCGACCACCAUCCUGGAUGUCCCCUCGGAGCCCUGCAGCCUCACCAUUCACACCAUCCAGCUGAUCCAGCACAACCGCAAACUGCGCGGCCUCAUCGCCGAGGCUCAGGGGCAGAACCAGCAGCAGGUGGAAGGCAUAAAAGUGGAAGAGAGCGAGCCUCUUCCGCACCGACCGCCAACUCCUCCCCUUCCAGAUGACUUGCUGCCGCAGGACUGCAAGAUGCCCAUGCUGCCGUUCCAGCUGAGGCACAGCGAUCCCGAGAGCGACUUCUACCGCGGGAGAGGAGAACCUGUCACGGAGCUCAGCUAUCACUCAUGUCGCCAACUCAUGUACCAGUCAGUGGCCACAAUCCUGGCCCACGCCGGCUUUGACAGCGCCAACGAAAGCGUCCUGGAGACCAUCACAGACAUCGCUCAUGAAUACUGCCUGAAAUUCACCAAGAUGCUGAGGUACAACGUGGACCGCGAGGCCAGACUGGGCCAGACUCCUUUCUCUGAUGUCAUGGAGCAGGUCUUCCACGAGAUGGGGAUCGGCAGCGUGUUGUCUCUUCAGAAAUUCUGGCAGCACCACAUUAAAGAUUACCACACGUACACGUUACAGGUCACUAAGCAGCUGUCUGAGGAGUACGAGAAGCUCAUCCAUCCUGAGCGUGUAUCUGAAGACACCAAACCAGUGAAGAUCAAAGAGGAACCUGUUACAGACAUCACAUUCCCUAUCAACGAGGAGCUGGAAGGAGACCUGGCACCCGGGGAUCAGUCUCUGCCAGUGGGGGUCCUGGGGGCUCAGAGUGACAGGUUCUCUUCCAACAUGGAGGUCGAUUCAUCUCCACAGCCAUCAGGAUCGGACGUGAACACCUCGCCGUUGUGGAACUUGGGGCAGGUGAAGAUGGAGCCUCAGGACAACGAGGAAUCGGCCGUACACGGGCACAGCGUUCUGGGUAAUGACGUGUUUGAAGAGCCCAUGUCGGGGAUCAGUGACUCGGCCAUACCAGGCAGUCCGAACGGGUCCGAAGGCAGCUAUGCGUCUCACUCACCCGACAGCCUAAUGGGGUCCUCCCCCGUCUUCAACCAACGGCCUAAGAAGAAGAUGAAGAAAUUGUAAUGAGGGGAAAUUGGGGCAGAUCCCGCUGAACAUUCUUCAUCACUGUUAUUAUGGGGGCUGUCAGCUGACCGUUUUUCUGAUAUUGUACAA